GCUCGCGAUCAGUACGCAUUGGUGGUUCUGACUUUAAAUGUCACAAGCAGAUAUGGGGGUAACCAUCACUGUCCAUCCUUAGCAGAGUGGACACCGAGGGGAGCAGCCUAGACUACCUGGAAGCGGAAGCGGAAGAGGCUGGUCUGUGGAGUGCGACUGACCGUUAGAAGAGCCGGAGCUGUCCGCCCCCGGGUCCCAGGUGAGGAACCAUGACAACCUCCCAGAAACACCGAGACUUCGUGGGCGAGCCUAUGGGAGACAAGCCUGUGAGGUGCCUGGCGGGCAUCGGAGAAGUGCUGGGCCAGAAACUUGAGUGCAGAGGCUUUGACAAGGCCUACAUGGUCCUGGGCCAGUUCCUGGUGCUGAAAAAAGACGAAGACCUCUUUCGGGAAUGGCUCAACGACAUCUGUGGGGCCAACGCCAAGCAGUCUCAGGAUUGCUUUGAGUGCCUUCGAGAAUGGUGUGAUGCCUUCUUGUGAGCCCUGUGCCUGGGGGCCGGCCCCUCUUUCUUCCCAAGAUGGGUCCCUCAUUCUCCACCUCCCAACGAAAGGAAAGAUUUUUGCUGCCGUCCCCACCCGGUACACUUUCCCCGCUCCACCUCCUGUUCCUCCCUCAGCAUGCCUCUUGUCCCAUAAAGUUCAGUGACGCUGGUUACUAGCUUUCCUGGGUGGGCCACACUUUCUGGUCUCAUACCAUUGGGAUAACUUUGGCAGAAGGCCAUUCACUGCCAUUGUAAAGGAUUUUAAAAAGCCAAUAAAGUCAGCGACCUUGAAAAAAA